AUGCGGCUAGAAAAAACUGGAGAGGGGGAAAAUCAAAAUUUCAUCGCACCACUGCCACUGCCCAGUCCCUCUCUCUCUCUCUCAAAUUUCUCUCCGUACAGAUCGCUCGUCGCCGGCUUCUCUCUCGGCGGUCGCCCGUCGUCCGGCGCUUCCCGCUCCGGCAGGCAGAUCCUCUCCAGCUCUCUGUCUCUCCGGCAUAUUUCCUUCUCUCCGGUGCUUCCCACUCCGCCAGAGACGGUCGUCCGUCGUCCGUCGUCUUCCCCCUCCGGCAGAUCCUCUCCAGCUCUCUCUCUCUCUCCGGCGUAUUUCCUCUCUCCGGCGCUUCCCACUCCGCUAGAGACAGUCGUCCGUCGUCCGACGCUUCCCGCUCCUCCAGAUUCGGUCGUCCGUCGUCUUCCCCCUCCGGCAAAUCCUCUCCAGCUCUCUCUCUCUCUCCGGCGGUUUUCCUCUCUCCGGCACUUCCCCCUUCGCCAGAUUCGGUCGCCCUUCUCUUCGUCCUUCUCUCUCGGCGUCCGGCGUCCUCUGUCGUUCGGCAGAUCUCGUCCCAGUCCAGCUCUGUCUCCGGCAGAUCUUCUCUCCGGCGGGCAGAGGUGCAAGCAUUUUGAAAUUGGUGGAGAUAGGAAGGGUCCUUACAACCCAAGCUUGCUGGAGUGGAUUUGGAAGCAGAGAAAAAGUAGCAUGUUGGGAAGACAGUCAAAAGAUAGCCUCGCAGUGAUCUUGUUGUGGGGCAUGUGCAGAAUCCGUGAAUUUUGAAAUUUAUUACAACCAAUGUUAUCAUUCAGCAUUUUUUUUUUUUUUUUGGGGUACCACGGGGGCAUGAGCUCAAUUACAUACAAAUGGUUUGGUGAAUAUGUUGCAGUUUAUAGGUGCUUUAUAUUCAUUUGUGAGUAUAGUAGGAAAUUAUGUAAAUCCUUUUGAGAAAGUACUUGUAAAAACGUUCACAUGUGAAUUCCUAUAAAAGAAACUAUAGUUUUACAGUAUA